AUGGCCGACGAAAACAAAUUAGAUACGUUGCCAUUGCCGGAAUUGCCCCAAAAACCACCAGAGAAGAAAUGCCAUUUGAAUUUAGUUCGCAACUAUCCCCAGAAAAAUGCGGAGAUUCUCAGCAGCCAGUAUGGCUUCAACAUCUUCCUGGCUGGGCUGCUGCUGAUGUUCGCCUGGGCCAUUCAUGCUGUUGGGAUUUCGGACAGAGACCUCCUCUCCUACCUCAUCACGCUGAUGCUCAUUCAGUUGGUGUGGAUGCUUUGGUACAUUUUCGGGAGUUACACGCAAAGGAGAAGCAUUAAAGAGAAAGAUACUGAUGCUGGAGCACGGUGGCUGAGAUGUGGAAUCACCCUAUUUGCAGUCAUCACUCUCAUAUUGGAUUCUUUCAAAAUUGGUUAUUACAUUGGAUAUUCGGAAUGUUUAUCGAUUACGGAGGGGAUCUUCCCUGUUACUCACACCAUCCAUACUCUUCUGCAGGUCUACUUUUUAUGGUUCCAUUCCAAAGAUGUCAUCCAAUCGUUUAAAACCCUAGAAAGGUUUGGUUUGAUCCACGCAGUGUUCACAAACCUCCUGCUAUGGGCCAACGGCGUAUUAACAGAGUCCAAGCACCAGCUAAAUGAACAUAAGGAAAGGCUCAUUACCCUUGGGUUUUCCAACAUAACAAUGGAUGACCAUACACCCGAAUGUAACUGCACAUCCAAUGUAUGUUCCAUAUUCUCACAAGGUAUAUACUAUCUGUAUCCAUUCACUAUCGAGUACCAUAUAUUGGCCUCCACAAUGCUGUAUGUCUUAUGGAAGAACAUUGGGCGCACCGUAAAGCAUCACCAGCAGCAGAAGAUCCACUUCAAGUUCCAUGGUAUAACAGCUGGAACAAUCAUGGGCCUGAUCGUACUCACAACCACCAUUGCUGUCUUGGUUGUAUAUCUCAUCCAGAUUGGACGUUCAAAGAGCAAAAGUGAGCUGGCCCUCACCAUGUUCUACGUAUAUGCCAUCACAGUGUUGACACUCAUGUGCACGGCAGGAAUCAUUGGUCUGAUUAUAUACAGAUUGGAAAAUAAGUUGCUGGAUGAAAGUGAAAGCCCGGCCAAGAAAUUGGACUCCGAUCUUCUUGUUGGUUCUGCAUGUGGUUCUUGGCUCAUCUCUUGGGGUUCUAUCUUGGCCAUUAUCUGUGCCGAGACCCACCCUGAUUAUGCAUGGUACAACUUACCUUAUUCUAUCCUGGUUAUAAUUGAAAAGUAUAUUCAAAAUAUGUUUAUAAUUGAGUGUAUACACCGUAAAGAAGAGGAGCCUAUGGAUGGCCGGGGAAUUGAAAAGAUAUUUUCCAUGUCUAGCAGAAGUACAUUGUCCCUUACUCCUUCAUAUGAGGUUUUCAAUGAAUCUGUCACUAUUUGCAACAAGGAAUUCCCUUACAUGUCCAAUUCAGAACUGUCUCUGGGAGAAGCCUCCUCAGAGGACAAGAAGAAUCAAGAAAACAAUAACUCAAUCAGACUUGCCCCAUCUGACAUAGCUAUGCAAGCAACCAGGUCAGCAAAACUCAACAAGAAAAGAAGAAUACUUAAAAACAUUGCCGCAUUCCUCUUCCUAUGCAAUAUUUCGCUUUGGAUCCCACCGGCAUUUGGCUGCCGUCCUCAGUAUGACAAUGGCCUAGAAGAAGUCGUGUUUGGUUUUGAACCCUGGAUCACAGUUGUCAAUCUUGCAAUGCCUUUCUCCAUCUUCUACCGUAUGCAUUCAGCUUCUUCAUUAUUUGAAGUUUACUAUUGA